AUGAGCGGUUUCAUUUCUUUGGUUUUGCAGGUGUGUUUGAGUAUCUAUGAUGCCAACGAUAACCUUGCAGCAGCCAGUCUAUCAAGCCUAGCUCAUUUGUCGCAUUUACUUGGGACUGGUUGCACAAUGAGUCACUUCAGUAGCCUCGGAGGUCAACUCGAAAGCCGUGGGUUUCUCACCCCUUCUAGAACUGCCUAUUCGACUGUCUAUAAUCCUCUGACAGUGGUGCCUAAUAAGAAAUCAAUAUCAUAUUGGGCUGGCAAACGUCCGUGGAAGUGCUUUGCAAAUACAUUGUUUCCAGACGCUUCCCCGAAGGCAAAUCGUCAGGCUCGCGAACAGCCAUUUGACGCCGAAAAGCCAAAAAAUUGUGGUGGGCGCAAGCUGCGUGAAGUUGCUGUUCUUUCCGCAAUGUACGUCCCACCAGUUGAUACCUCGACAAUGUCGACUCUCCGAGCUCCAGCCGUGAAGAAAUUUUUUGUGUUCUCAGUACCGAGUUCAAGCACUUUUAAGUCGUUGGGUGAGGAACAAAUAAAGUCAACGACCCUUACUACCAAGUCAGCCGACAAAUCACCGGAUCCAUCAGUCGUCGAUUGUGAAGAAUCCUCUGCACGCUCUUUUUCACAGGAUCACGUUUCUCCCAUUCAGGGGGACUCCUCGUCACCCACUUUAGCGCCGCGUUCUAGUCCUGUUGCUGAUGAUUGUCAAUGGGAUGACUGGACAUCUGACAAGGAAGGUGAUCUUGCUGUUAAAACGUCAUCGCUUUCUUUGGGGUUGCCCACUUCUGUUUCUAAGGAGGAAGCUGAAGUCAUAGAAAGAACGGCGCAAGUGGAAGCAAUCCUUGCUGAAUUAGCUCCAGAUAUCAAACCGGCUUCUCGAACCGGAUCCGCGAAACUACAAAACGGCCUUGAGAAUCGCGACCAACAUCAGCAAUCGGUUCCUCCGAUAUCUUCCGGGGAGUUUCUUAGAUAUCAACCGGAGGAUGUCCUUAGUGGCUGGAAUGACGACGAAGACGUUGGCGGUGGUGAAUGGGACGCUGACGAUGAUGGACUCUAA